UGUAGCUUUUCUCCUGCUCCUCUCCAGUUUGGAUCUCUUAUAUUUCCCUUAUAUUUCUAUAUGAAAAUAACUCCAGAAAUCCCCAUCAAAUUCAUCAUUAAUCCCUAUAAUUCCUAUGGAAUCUAUAAAAAAACUCCAUGCCCACCUCAUAAUCACAGGAUUAUCCAAAUACCCACAUCACGUUUCCAAAGUUUUCACCUCCUAUGCUCUAACCCCAGCUUACAUAGCCCAUGCCUACCAACUGUUUGAUCAAAUUCCACAACCAAAUUCCUUCUUUUGGAAUAUAAUGAUCAGAGGCUUCUCACAGAGCAACAGACCUAAAGAAGCAGUCCUUCUCUAUAAUCGGAUGCGAUUACAAUGUCCCAAACAAGAUAAUCUCACCUUCCCCUUUGUACUAAAGGCUUGCUCCGAAGUCAUUGACAUUAGAGAAGGGAGGAGAGUGCAUUGCCAUUCUCUGAAGACUGGGUUUGUUUUUGAUGUGUUUGUGUCAAAUGCAUUGAUCCAUUUGUACUCUUCUUGUGGAGAGUUGAACAAUGCAAGAUUGAUUUUCGAUGAAAUGCCGGUAAGAGAUUUAGUUACUUGGAACUCUUUGAUUUGUGGGUAUGGACAACAUAACUAUUUGGUAGAUGUCUUGGUGCUAUUUGAAAUGAUGAAUGCAGAGGGCGUGAAGGCCGAUAAGGUGACUAUGGUUAAGGUUCUCUCCGCGUGCACUCGUUUAGGAGAAUGGGACUUGGCGAAAGCGAUGAUCAAGCGUAUUGAGGAGAAUCGCAUUGAAAUUGAUGCUUAUCUCGGAAAUACUUUGAUAGAUUACUACGGUCGAAGGGGAGCCUUGGGGUCAGCUGAAAAGGUAUUGAGGGAGAUGAAAGAGAAGAAUAUAGUGACCAUGAAUGCUAUGAUUACUACAUACUCUAAAGCAGGAGACUUGGCUUCUGCAAGAGAUGUAUUUAAUGGCAUACGAGACAAGGAUUUGAUCUCUUGGAGUUCUAUAAUAGCCGGGUAUGCUCAAGCUAACAAAUUCUCUGAUGCUUUGGCACUCUUCAAGAAAAUGCAAUCGACAAAUAUAAAGCCAGAUGAAAUUGUUCUAGUUAGUGUUCUUUCAGCCUGUGCUCAUUUAGGCAAACUCAAUCUAGGGAGAUGGAUUCAUCUGUACAUAGUAAGAAAUAAUAUAAAGGCUGAUAUCCAUGUUGGGAAUUCUCUGAUUGAUAUGUACUCGAAGUGCGGAUGCAUAAUGGAGGCAUUUGAAAUUUUUGGUAAGAUGAAAGAGAGGGACAUAUUGACAUGGAAUUCGAUCAUAUUUGGAUUAGCAACACAUGGAUUUGUGGAAAGUGCAUUAAAGGUUUUCUCUGAUAUGUUGAGUGAGGACUUUGAGCCUAAUGUCGUGACUUUCCUUGGCGUCCUGAUUGCUUGCACUCACAGAGGAUUGGUCGAUAAGGGUCUCAGGUACUUCGAGAGCAUGAGAGAAGUUUACGGAGUGGAACCAGAGAUGAAACAUUAUGGAUGUGUUGUUGAUCUCUUGAGUCGAAGUGGAGAGUUGGACAGGGCUUUUGAGUUCAUUGAGGAGAUGCCCAUGAUGCCGGAUCCUAUAAUUUGGAGGACAUUGUUGGGGGCGUGCAAGUUACAUGGUAACGUGGAAUUAGCUGAGACUGUGACGAUCAAACUAGUCGAGGUAGAUCGUGAGAAUAGCGGGAACUAUGUGCUUCUGUCUAAUACAUAUGCUAGUGUGAAUAGAUGGAAUGAUGUAAUGAAGGUGAGAGAGAUUAUGAAUGAAACUAACGCAGAGAAGUUGCCUGGUUGCAGUUUGAUCGAAGAAAGUAAUUUGGAAGAUGACUUCAUAGCUUUUUGAAAGCCAUUAGUCCAAAUUUAAUGGCAAAGCAUUGCAAAUGUGAACUUUCAGUAGCUCCAUCAGAUUAAAGUUUUGACUUGUUACAGCUAAGGACAACAGGGAGAAGAAGGAAACUAGAAAUGUUUAUGAAGAAAUGUGCCUUGAUGCAGCAAUGGAGGUGAAUCAGAUGAGAGCACGUUUUAACUAUCUGACACAUAAAUCUAAUUUAUCUUUCAAUCUUUGAUAAAUGGCACCACUUCAUUCUUCUGACUCUUGAAUCUAGGAGAAGUCAAAGACCUUCUAACACUGCAUUCGUAAUGACAAUUCCUUCAAUCUUCGGAAAUCUUGAACGUCUCAUACUGUAGUAUUUUGUCAUAAUUAGGAGAUCAGAGUAUAUAUGCAAAUGGUAUGGCAUGGAUCUAUCUCAUUACUCCUGGCAAAUUUGUGACGCUGAAAAGAAAUCUUGGAAGAUGUUCUGCAGAUAUCUUGAUCGUGGCGAAAGCUGCUCAGCCCAGAGCCUACCACUUUCUCCUGAAAAGCAAGCGCCUUCUGUAUGAGAAGCUCAGGCUACAUCGAGACGAAAAGACGGAGCGAUAUUUAUCAUUUAGUUAGUAAAUCUCUACUCCAUCUGUAGAUGUACGUAUACGAAAGAUCAAACACCAUAAGUUCGUAUACCUUCUUAUCCCGCUUCUCGAUGUUUUUCGUGUUUUGCUUUGAUCGAUGUUUUUUAUUCUUUACUGUAACAGCUAGCUGUUUCAUAUUUAAUUGGA